AUGCUCUCCGCAGUGAAAUCCACAGUUUCUGUGCAAAGGCUGGAGGGUAUCCACACUCAACAGUCUCAGAUUAGAGAUAUCGAUGCUCGCCAUGUCGCGAAUGAUGAUGAUCUUUUGGCCGAGAUUGGCUACAAGGCAGAGUUGAAGAGAACCUUCUCCACAUUCCAGAUCUUUGGUAUCGCAUAUUCGAUCAUGGGACUUUUGCCCUCUAUCGCUUCUACUGCUGGUAUCGGUCUUACUGCUGGUGCGUCUGGGCUAGUGUGGUCCUGGUUCGUUGCUGGAUUUUUCAUUUUGCUUAUUGGUAUAGGUAUGAGUGAACUUUCGAGUGCGAUCCCAACCAGUGGUGGUUUGUAUUACUGGACCCACUACUACGCUCCUGAAAAAUACAGAAUUCCAGUCUCUUUCGUGAUUGGCCUGUCUAACACCAUGGCCCUCUGUAGUGGUCUUUGUUCCAUUAAUUAUGGAUUUGCCCAAGAGGUCACUGCUGCUGUGUUCAUCAACUCUGACAACACCUUCGAAAUCACCCAGCCCAGAUUGUACGGUAUCUUUGCUGCCUGUACUGUGUCGCAUAUUCUCAUCACCAGCUUGAGCAGUAAACACAUCUCCUACUUGCAGAGCACCUCGAUUGUCUGUAACACGGGUUUAAUUGUGCUUUACUUCAUCGCUUUACCUGUGGGAACUGCCAAAAACUCUAGCUUCAAUGGCGGAAAAUUUAUCUUUGGUAAUCUGGGAAAUUUCGAGAGCUGGACCACUGGCUGGCAAUUCAUGCUCUCUAUGAUGACUUGUGUUUGGACCAUUGGUUCCUUUGACUCGUGUGUCCACAUGUCCGAAGAGGCUAAAAACGCGUCCAGAGGUGUUCCAGCUGGAAUCAUCGGUUCUAUUUUUGUCUGCUGGGUUGUGGGAUGGUUUAUCUGCAUCUGUACCGCUGCCUGCAUGUCCAGCGAUGUCGGUGCCGUUUUGGAUACCGAGACUGGGUUUGCAAUGGCUCAAAUCGUCUACGACUCCCUCGGAAAGAGAUGGGCAGUUGCCAUGAUGUCAUUGAUGGCUUUCUGCCAGUGGUUGAUGGGAGCCUCCAUUUUGGCUGCUCUCUCCAGACAAGUCUGGGCUUUUGCCAGAGAUGAUGGUCUUCCAUUCUGCUCGUUUGUCAAAGUUGUCAACAAAAAGCUUAGAGUGCCUAUCAGGGCCGUCUGGUUUGGUGGUAUCUUGGCUCUGAUAAUUGGCUGUCUUACAUUCGCAGGUUCGACCGCUGCAAGUGCGCUUUUCUCCCUCGCUGUCUCCGGUAACUAUCUUGCUUGGGGUACUCCUAUUUUUCUGAGAUUGACUUCUGGAAAGUCCAGAUUCAGACCAGGUCCAUUCUACUUGGGAAAGAUCAGUGAAGCUGUUAACUGGGUUGUCUGCUUGUGGAUUGUUUUUAUCAUCAUCCUGUGUAUGUUCCCAACCGGCACGACCGUUGAUGAGACCACCAUGAACUAUACUGUUGUUAUCUCGUGUGGUACUUGGUUGUUGUCGAUUCUGUACUUCUAUGUCUACAAGUACAAGAACUACCAUGGUCCUGCCUCCAACUUGGCAGAUCCUGCCGAAGAGGCAGUUGAGAGUGUUGACAACUCCUACGAAGUUACUGAAAAGGUAUAG